GCUUAGUUUGCGUUGAAGCGAUAGACAGCAGCACGAAGGUCACUUCGCUCGCUGCUGCUGCGGCAUUUCCUCACGCCAGCGUUUGACAGCGCGUGUCCGCGCUCAUCCAGUUUGAUGUGUUCAUGUUUGCCUGUGGGCGCUGACACCAUGCUUGUUAUUUAGUUAAUAAGCAAAUGUUUACAAGUUUAUACGGACGAUAAAACUACUAUUCUUACAUGUAUAGCUUAUCGCAAUCGAUACUUCGGCUGUCUGGCGAAACUACUUUUUUUCCCACCUAAGUAUUAAAAUGAUAUUGUCUGCAGUUCAACACUACAGUAGAACCUCGUUGAUACGUUCCCGCUUACUACGUUUUCCCGGCUCCUACGUUCAUAAUCGCGAAAAAUAAACAUCACCCCAUAGAGGAAUGUGUUAAUAAGUUCCGGUUAAUACGUUCCCGGAAAAUACGAUUAUUCGGCAGCAACGUUCAGCAUUGCGGCAAACUGCGGUCGUAUGAUACGUUCUGCAGCGAAAAAUUAUCAUUGAGGUGUGCAAAAAGGCCGCUCUCAUGUGCUUGUGAAGCGCUAAGUGGCAGACGGCCCCCGCGCGGCUUCUCUGCAGAGCUCAAUUUCUCCCCUCCGCGACUUCUCUGCAUUGCUCGUUCGCCCGAAGUGAUGAAGCGCGGCAACAACGGCGAGCGAAUCGACCUUUGCGUUACCUCGCCCCUCGCUUCAACGCGAACUACUAAGCGGCGAAAACAGCGCGCGGCGGACUCCCCGUCGCAGAUCGCUUUCAAGAUAGGCCACCAACGCGAUCGUAUCGCCGAAGCGAAACGUCGUAGAAUAGACACUCUGUUUCCGUCCACUGAAACCCUUCCGUGUUGUUAUGCUGGCGAAAAUCCUCUCCUUCUUUUUGCGCCAGUACCGCACGCAAGUUUUGGGUUCUCCGAAUAGUACCGUAGAUUUAGUGUCGCACUCGAUUCUAACGCGCACGCGCAGUUAUUUAUUAUUAUUUCUUUUUGGCUCCGACGCAUUAGCCGCACUAAAAUUAGCUGUACAGUCGCGCCGCUUCUGCUGGUGGCGGCUGGAACGUCGCAGAAUAGACAAAGCCUUCCGUGUUGCUUUGCUGGCGAAAAUACUCUCCUUCUGUUUGCGCCAGUACCUCACGCAAGUUUGGGUUCUCCGAAUGGUACCGCAGAUUUAGUGUCGUACUCGAUGGUAACGCGCGCGGGCAGUUAUUAUUAUUAUUUUUUUUGCUCCGCCGCAUUAGCCGCACUAAAAUUAGCUGUACAGUCGCGCCGCUUCUGCUGGUGGCGGCUGAUGCAAGGUUUAGUGCAAGGCUACACGCAGCUCAGUACUGCGCAGUGCGCAAUUCGUGACAGUUGCGAUCGGUAGCGGUAGCAUGCAGCCGAGCAUGGCGACGAGGAAGCGCAAGCCUUUGUCGAUUAAGGACAAGCUGAAUAUCCUAGCGGCUGUCGACAGGAACCCGAAGAGGAAGCGAAUCGACAUAGCGAACGAACUUGGACUGCCAGCGUCUACUGUGAAUACCGUUGUGUCGAAGCGGAAAGAGAUCGAGACGAACGCCAUGGUAUUCAGCGGCGCAACAAAGCAAGCUCGUGGAGCCCGCAUGGGGAGCUGGAGGAGGCGCUGUUGAAGUGGUUUAAGCAAGCGCGGGCCUCCGGAGUUAACUUCGACGGCAGCGUGCUUAAGGAGAAAGCACUCGAAGUUGCCGAUCUUCUUGGAAUUGACGACUUCACCGCCUCCAACGGGUGGAUAAGUCGCUUUCGAGCUAGGCAUGGCAUCGCCUACCGGCAAGUGAAUGGGGAGGCAGCAAGCGUGAAUCUGGCCGACGUCGCUAAGUGGUUAUCGCUGCUCCCCACAAUAAUUAAUUCUUUUCAUCCACGCGACGUUUACAACGCGGAUGAACUAGGUCUUUUUUAUCGAGUUCAGCCUAGCAAGUCGUUAAGCAUGAAGGGCGAGUCCUGCCACGGUGGAAAAGUCAGCAAAGACCGAAUAACUGUGUUGCUUUGUUGCAAUGAAGAUGGCAGUGACAUGAUGAAGCCGUGGAUGAUUGGGAAGGCGAAAAACCCAACAUGCCUGCGGAACAUCGCUCGUUUGCCUUGUAUCUACAAGAAGAACACGAAGGCGUGGAUGACUUGCGAACUUUUUGAGUCCUUCCUGCGUUACCUUGACGGACGACUCGGAUGCAAGGGGCGCAGUGGCCUGCUGUUCUUGGACAACUGCGCUGCCCAUCCGAAGGACACGUCAUUCCUUCACAACCUUCGUGUGGUGUUUCUACCAGCAAACACGACCAGCCACCUGCAGCCUCUUGACGCUGGUAUCAUCAAAAACACCAAACAUUUGUACCGCAAGUGCAUUGUGCGACGUUUUCUUGCUCGUGUGUCACGUGGCCAAGACCCCGGGAAACUAUCAAUUCUCGACGCAAUGCACUACUUCAAGACUUCUUGGGAGAGUGUGAAGCGUGAAACAGUGAAUAACUGCUUAAAGAAGUGCGGUUUUCGGCGUCAGCCUGCAGCCGAGGAUACGGAGUGCAGCGAGGACGACCCCGUGGCGUGCGACUACGACAUGGAUGAGGAAUUCUUGUCUACUGGUGCCGAUGUGCCCUUCGCCGAGUUCGUCGCGAUUGACAACGAUGUCCCGACUUGCGAGCCGCAAAGUGUCGCCGAGAUCGUAGCGGAGGUGGUGGGGGACGACGCAGCGGAGGUGGUGGCGAACGAGGCGCCUGAAGACGGCGGCGACAACGAAGGCUUGCGCCCACCGGCUACCUUCGCCGAAGCCCUUGCUGGCCUGGAAGCCUUGCAAAGCUUCUUUCGCACGAAAAAUAACGAAAAUGCGGACAAUGGUCUGCAAUGUGUGCAAAAGGAGUUGUUCCUGUCGAAGGGUGAGACGCACCAGCAGAAAAUAACAAUGUUUUGCAAGAAAUAAAUGUUUUCUGCCCUUGCACCUCAAUAUGGGCUUGUCAGCUUCAAUUUUUACUGCGUUCGGAUCGUACGUUUUCCCGGAUCGUACGUUUAUUUUUCGCGUAUUUUUUUAAAACGUAUGAACGAGGUUCU